AUGGCUACAGGAACUAUUGGCUCACUAGCAGCAUUUGAUGCAAAAGUUCAAACAUGGGAAGAGUAUUCGGAAAUAGUGGAGCAAUUUUUCGUGGCUAAUGGAAUCGAAGAUGAGGGUAAGCAAAGAGCUAUUCUCAUAAGUGUUGUGGGACCACAAACGUACAGUGUGAUGCGAAAUCUUCUGAGCCCUACGAAACCAAGUGAAAAGACUUAUCAGCCACUGAUAACGAUGUUAAAAAAUCAUUUCAAUCCUAAGCCAAGUGAGAUUGUACAGAGAUUUAAAUUUGAUUCAAGAACGAAGAAGCCGACAGAGACUGUGACAGAGUAUGUAGCUGAGUUGCGUUGUUUAGCACAAGAUUGUAAUUACGGAGCAACUUUAGAUCAAAUGCUGAGGGAUCGUCUUGUUUGUGGCAUAGAUGAUGAUCGGAUUCAGAGACGGUUGCUUUCAGAAGCAAAUCUGACAUUUGAGACUGCUUUUAAAAUUGCAGUAGCUACUGAAGCCGCAAGCAAAAAUGUGCUCGAUUUACAAAAUAAAUCCGGGGUACAGGCAUGUUACAGCAUCAUGUUUAAAGAAAGGAAACCGGAUCACUGGAAAAGAGGGGAAUCUGGUGAACAAAAAGAAAGUAGAGAGUGUCACAGAUGCUGCGGAAAAAACCACAAAGCUAACGAAUGUAGAUUUAAGAAUGAUAAAUGUUACGUGUGCAGGAAAAUUGGACAUAUCGCCAGAGCCUGUCGCAACAAAAGCCAACAGAGUGGACACGCGACAACGGAAAAAGGGGGAAAAGGUGUGCGUCCGUAUCGGGCAUUCAAUACUGGUAAACUUUGA